GCUGAGUGCCUGGGGCCGCCGCCAAGCACAGACCAUGUUCAUGGUGCGCCUGACUUCCCAGCUGCUCAGGGCUGUUCCCCGGGCAGGUUGCAGUGGGCCUUGGCUUGUCUGCGGGGUGUUGGGCAGGCAUGCCUGCAGGCCUCGUUACAGCAUGCAGCCAAUAGGCCCAAGUGGGGUUGCCUCCCUCCCUGACCGGCGGGUCCACAUGGAGCUUGAGGAGAUGCUGGUCCCCAGGAAGAUGUCUGUCAGCCCCCUGGAGAGCUGGCUGACCGUUCGCUACCUCCUGCCCAGACUGGACGCUGGGGCCCCAGGGACUGUGUCUCCAGCCCAAGUCUAUGAGUGUCCGCCCAGCCAGGUGGGGGAAGGGGUCGAGCAGGGGGGUAAGGAGGUCUGGGAUGCACCCCAGAUACAGUGCAAAAACGUGCUCAAGAUCCGCCGGCGGAAGAUGAAUCAUCACAAGUACCGCAAGCUGGUCAAGAGGACCCGGUUCCUGCGGCGGAAAGUCAAGGAGGGACGCCUGAAACGGAAGCAGAUGAGGUUCGAGAGAGACCUGAGGCGCAUCUGGCUGAAGGCGGGCCUGAAGGAAGCCCCCGCAGGCUGGCAGACCCCCAAGAUCUACCUGAAGGGCAAAUGAGUCUCGUGUGUCCGUCCCCCAGCCCUGUUACUGCUGAUGACCCAUUGUAAUAAAUAUUCGGAGAACUUAGCCAUCCUUGCUGUCCUGGA